CAGCAAAUAAGGAAGAGGAACAAUUUGAGGACUUUUUUCUGAUUGGACGCUUAUUAAAGAUGUCUAGACUGCAGGAACUAUGCAUGUAUAGAGGUUUCUUGGAACAGUCAGUCUAUCAAGUUGCUCAACCGUAAAGAAGUCUUUCUGGUUCAGAACCCUCUUGUCUUUGGCUUACAUUACAAGUUACUUUGGGAACUGACGCCGGUCGUGAAGACUUGCUGUUGACAUGCAGAACGAGGAUACAGAUUUACAACUUGAGGCUGUCCGUGAUGGCGGUGGAACUCCACAUCUGCCAUCAACGUCAUCGUCUGAUUCAUCAUCCGUUCAAGCUCCUCAGUUGGCAACCCCAAUUCAGCCUGACUCUCCACAUGAUGAAGAAUACAAGGGUGAUCAUGAAGCAGUCGAUGGCAUACAACAUAGAGCAGUCGAUGAUACAACUCAACAUCAUGCCUCAACAUCAUUCUCGCAUCCAUCACCCCUUCAAGGUCCCCAGUUGUUAACCCCACACCAGCCUGACACUCCACAGGGUGAUCAUGAAGCAGUCGAUGGCAUGCAGCAACAAGCAGGCACCAGUUCACAACAAGAGGAUGAAUCCAAUAAAAGCAUCGGUCCAUAUUCCACAUCAGCUGGCAUUUACAAGACGACUCUUGAAGCGGAUCCCCAACAUGUACCCGUAGUCGGAAAGAUAAAAAAUGGAGUGAUUAUCGAACUUUACUUGUACAUGACUAUGACUCUUAAAUUAUCUAAGAGUGCAUUAGCGAAAAACGUUGUUUUGUUAUCAGGAUGUAACACAGUUAAAUAUCAAAAUGUGUCAGCUUUGAUAUAUAAACUAGUACAGGCAUACAGGAAGGUGAAGAGGAAUUCGAAAGGAGAUCGACAGAGACGUGAACUGGAUCAACUUUUGAACAAAGAAUUUCUUCUUGUCCGAUCAAGAGGACCGAAGACCCCAGACACACCAAGAGAGCAAAGGCUGAGAGAGACUGUGUCUAAUUUGAAAAAGCAGACCAAAGGUAUGAAAAGGAAGCUUGGCAUACAAGAAACUCGUAUUGCGGAUUUGGAGACAUCUGUGGUGCGAAAAGAUGCCCUUGUAGAAAGACUUGUUGAGGAAGUUUCCGAACAGCAGGCUGCUGAAAGUGGAAAACUUGUUCUAAAAGCUCAACUGAAAGAGCUUGAAGGGAGUCACCAGCCACUGCUCGAGAGCCUGCAAGCUAUCACCAUGAAGUUUAACCCAACCAAGGAUGAGCUCACCAAGUACAAACAAAAGGAUGACGAUGCUAAGAAGCAACAUGAAGCGACUGAGGAAAAAAUGAUGAAAGUGAAGAGCAGAGUAAACCAGUCAGAACAUCGGAACCUCAAUAAGAAGCUUAAACGAAGAGACGAGAGCUUGGGGAAAUAUCGGGGUGAAGCGCAGAGAGCGCAAGAAACUAUAGAAGAUCUGAAAGAUGAAAUUGAAACCACAAAAGCUCAACUACAACUCAGCAGAAAAUCUUUUGAGGACCUGGAGACAAAAUGUGAAAAACUUGAGACCCAAAAGAGAAAGCACUACAAAAGUUUGUGGAAAACAAAAAGAAAUCUUGGUAAAUGCGAGGAACAAGCUAACCAACUGGAAAUGGACAAUCUCCAUGAGAGAAUCCAUUUUCUUGAACAGAAAAAUAUAGAGUUGCAGCAGUUGAUGAACCUCAUGCAUAAUGACAAGAUCCAGACAUUUGCAGAUGGAAGAUUCAACGACUCUGUACAUCUUACCAUCAUGGAGCUACUUGCAUGCAAUGUUUCCAUCAGCAAAAUCGACACAGUGAUACGAACUGUUCUUAAAAAUCUUGCCGGGAAAGAGGUGGAUCGCCUCCCCUCAAUGGAAACAAAGUCCAGGAUCCUAUCAGAAGCAAGGCACCUGGCUGAUGUGGAAGUAGCCAGUGCUAUGAAUGCUAAUAGGCCAGGAGAUGCCAUAGGUAACUGCAUCCACGGUGACGGAACGACAAAAUACCUCAAACAGAACCAGGAGUUGCAGGUUACCUUACCCGAUGGAACUUCAAGAACCAUGAGCCUGUGUGAGAUGGCAGGUAGGGACACCUCAGUUGUGUCCGAUUCGUUCACAGCCCAGGUGCAAGAACUGGCAGAUAGUAUUUCUACAGAAGCAUCAGAAUCAACAAAUAUUACCCAAAAAAUAAUGACAACUCUAAAGAGUACAAUAGCCAACCAAGGUCCCACCGUGCCGCAAUUAAGCGACAAGCUCCGUUUAUUGAAAGAGGAGCUCCUGCCGUCAGUUUUUCGUAAAUGGGAUUUGCUGGAGCAGGAAGAGAAGGCAACGUGCCAGCAGUUCGCCACUUUAUACUGCAAGAUGCAUCCUUUGAUAAAUUUUGACGAAGAGGUUGACAAGAUACUCAAAGCGUAUGAAGACAUAGCAUCUGGUGGGAAAACCAUGCACACACUUCUGACAGGAGAAUCUGGGGUGCGGCGCCUUAUCAGAACCGGGAGUAAGGCCUUCCACCAUCGGGGAUGCGAGGAAUCUGGAGUCGAGGACUCUUUCUCCUCCUACAUUCGUCAUGAGUUUGACUCUGACAAUCUUUUGGUCGACUAUGUAGGCAAUAGGGCUUACAUUUUGUUCGAGGGAGCUGCGGUAACGUUUUACCAUCUCCAGCACUUUCAGAACUUCGUGUCCAUUCUCCCAGAGCCAAACAACCUCCUUCGAGCAGUGGCAGAAGAUGCGGCAGACAGAGUUUAUGAAGCAGAGAUGCGUGCUCUUGGGAUUGUACACAAGAUCAUCACUGAGCCCUUCUGGACUGCUGUGAAGAAAGCAAGGAACAUCCUCGAGCUGAGUGAUGUUCUGCAUCAUCUCCAACUUAAGUUAACAGCAUGGAAGGAUGAUGGUGGUGACAUGUUGUCUGGUGAGUCAGCGGUGACAGGCAUCUCUCCAGUGAAGGACUCUGUCUACGAGAAGCUCUUCAUUGACAAAGAGGAUGCAGACAAGCAUGCCAUCUGUGUCCAGGCCUUGGAGCUGAUCUGCUGUGCAAUCCUGCAAAAAUUGGAACGACAGUGCAAGGAUCACCUACCAGGGGGCAAAUACUGGAAGCCGUCCGCAUCUUUCGAACAGGCGUUCUUCAAAGUACCAUCAACAAAUCUAAUAGGAGAGAGAGAUUUUGCCAUCUUAGACAUACUGGUCAGGCAGAAGCCAUCAGCAAGAGUGAUUAGCCUUGAAGCCCUGAUAAUAUGGACCAACAAUAAGACGGCAGCAUGGUUGGAGGAUUUGGAUGAAGAAAGACGGACGGAGCUCAUGACCGAAGCCAGGGCAAGAGCUCCAGCUGUACUAAAGAAGUACAAAGAAAGGAUGGUCUCAAUAAAGAGUGAGAAGUGGAGGCUUCUCCAAGAGAAGCAGAAAAAGAAAGAAGAGAAGACUAGAAAGCAGGUGUCUGAAAGAGUGGCUCUUGUCGACACUGUCAUCAGCCAAGGUGGUAUUUGGAAGAACAAGGAGAAAAUUGAGGAGGAGCUUGAGAAGAUGAAAGAUGAAGAUGAGGAAAGUGUUCGAAGGGCCAUCUACAUUCAGCUCUGCUUCCAUCAAAGAGUGCUCCGUUUGAAGGGACAGCCUGAGAUUUUUCAACUCACUACGACUGUGGAUGGGGGAAAAAAGACAUUUACAACCCAAGAAAUGAAGGAGCAUCUCCUCAUGGUUGUCGAAGGAAAUGACGUUUCUUCUUCAGAUCCUGAUCUGUUGGUGAGUCAACUUACAGACGACAAUCAGUCUCCUUCGCAUCAAAGAAAUCCAAAGUUUCUUGCCUUGAAGGGAAAACUUUACCACAAAAUGGAGUCGGACACGAAAAAACGGGAAAUCAAAGCUUCAAAGGAGCUCUUGGAAUCCUUCCUUCGCAAUCCCGUUUCACUUGUAGGGAAAAGGAUCAAACACAAGUGCUGGAAUGAAGAUCGUACUGAAAGCAUGUGGUAUGCUGGAGUAGUGAAGAGCAUUGUUUGUGAGGAUGUAAAUCCUUUGAAUACAGAAUAUGCUGUAGAAUAUGAUAAACCAGAUGAUGAUGAAGAGGAUGAGGAAGAGCAAGAUUGGGUGUUUGACCUACUGCAAGACCUAGAAAAGAAUGACUUGAUAGUAAUGUGAUUGUAAUACAACGUUUAGUACAAGCCAUGUUCAUUAAAGGUAAAAGACAGUACAUGUAGUUGCAGCAAACACAUAUUUUCUUGGAAAGUCUUUUGAAUCAAGGUUCAUUGUCAAAAUAUUAUGCAUUUAGAUCUAGUACAAUAAUGUAAACUUAUCUUUCAAUAAUUCUGAUGACAGAAAAAAGCAUACGUGGGACAGUGUAUUAAUACUGCUUCAAAAAAUACCUGACGUUUGAUGGAAUUCCUUGCUUACAUGUAUUUUGCUAAUUUUUCAGCAAUUAGUCAUUUACUUCCAGAGCUAGUUGGCACAUCUUUUUUAUUCAUACUUACAAACACUUUGGUGGUAAUUUCAUUGGUCGAACUCAUUUUGAGAUCAUUACCACAACUGGUAUUUAUCUUUUAUCCACUGGUAUUGAUUCUUGUAAUGUGAAACUUGGGAGUUGAGAAUAUUUUUAUUCCACAGAUCAAACUUUAAAAAAAAUAUAAUUGCUAAUUCCAGUAAUGAUGAUAUAGGUGAAGAUAAAUAAUAAAAAAGAUAUUAACUAAUCAACUCAAAUCAUUUCUGUAAGUCACAGGACCUUUUGAAUUAAUACCAUGCAUGUACAUUUACAUUGCACUUGUAUAUAUUCAUCAAAGUUUACAUGUAUUAACGGUUCAUUGAAAACUCUCAUUGCCUUGUUUAUCAUAUUAAAGCAGAAACUAUUUUUAUUGGCUGAGGCCCGUAUUCUGAAGGCAGGUUUAACUUAGACCACAGUGUAACUCUGAACUAAAAUUAUGGGAGCCAUAAUUCAAAAAUUCUGUUUUUGUUGUAUAAUAUGUAUUAUGUCUUAUGUUUCUUAUGUUUGCUAUUUUGUUUCCUUUUGCUUUCAUAAUUAAGAAAAAUACUUCAGUUAUCAUAC